AAGAGCAGCUUCCUUUUCCUUUAUCUGAUGAAGUGGUUUCUCUUCUCAGAACCAGAGUCUGGUUGCACUACUGAUGGUAUAGGAGUAAAACUGCUACGCGGGAGCACAUGGCUGUCUAGGGUGUCUGUAAGCCAAUACCAUCUUCCUGAAGAAAACUAGCAGGUACGCUCAGGAGCUGAGAAAAAACAUGGGAAUGCUUCAGAUCAUGCUUUCAGAAAGGUGGAAUCUUACCAACCAGGUCCUGAAGAACUAACAGAUGACCACCCAUCAGACUACAGAGGGAUUUUUAUUGCAUCUGGGCUGGAAUUAGCACAAAACUCCUCAGGGUGGACAAUGAACAACACUGCUAAGUGCCAUGAUGAUCACACCCUGGAUAAGUAUUUGUUUCCAUUUGUGUACAGCAUUGUGAUAGUCAUCAGUAUUCCCAUCAACUGCAUAUCCCUCUAUGUGUCUUGCAUUCAAGUGAGGAAAAAGAAUGAGUUAGCAGUCUACCUCUUCAGUCUGUCCCUGGCUGACCUUUUGUACUCUGUGAUUCUGCCUCUGUGGAUUGAUUAUGCCUGGAAUGGAGAUAACUGGAGGCUCUCUGCCACACUUUGUCAAAUUUCUGCCUUCCUUAUGUAUAUGAAUUUCUACACUAGCACUGCAUUACUUGCUUGUAUCUCUGUCGACAGAUACCUGGCAUUAGUUCACCCCUUGAAGCUCCAGCACUUGCGCACAAGAAGAUUUUCACUGAUUGUCAGCAUAAUUGUUUGGCUUCUGGAAGGCAUCUUGAAUUCUGUCAUACUGAUGAACAACGACGUAUUCAGUGAUCCUUGCAAUUCCACUAAUCAUACGUUAUGUUAUGAUAAAUACCCCCUGGAACUGUGGCAGGCACAGAUAAAUUUACUCCGGAUAUGCUCAGGGUACCUGGUUCCUUUGAUAAUCAUUGUGUUUUGCUAUCAUAAAAUCUACCAAGCAGUGAGGUGUAAUCAAGCCACAGUAGAUGAAGAAAAGAAAAAAAUCAGGAAACUUAUAUUGAAUAUCACAGUUACUUUCAUUCUUUGCUUCACGCCUUAUCAUGUUGUAUUGUUUAUUCGUAGCAUCAAGGAACCGUACUCCACUAACCCCCAGUUUUUGCAGUUGAUGUAUAAGAUCUACAGAAUCACACAAGCCUUAACAAGUUUGAAUUGCAUUGCCGAUCCGAUUCUUUACUGCUUUGUGAGUGAAACUGCACAAACAGACAUUCUGAAUUUGCUCAGGUGUUGCUUAUACCUACGAAAGCCUGAGGGAAACCAAGUGGAAGAACAUACUCUGUGCAGUUCUACUACAAAGAGCAAUAUCACCUACAGAACGUGCUGUGAAACGGAGACUCUCUCAAAAACAGCUGCAAGAGCAUAGUCAAAGAAAAAGUGGAUAACAUAAAGCAAAAAGAAAGGAGAACUCUUCCGCCAUCUAUACCUAGGAAAUACCCCAGAAGUAUACUAAUCUAAGUGAAACCAGUAGCUGGAACUAACGAGAACUUAUUACAGGGUCAAUGAAAUUGAGGGAGCAUCAUCAUGUAUCUUUAAAACAGAUGUGGUACAUAAAUCAACAAACAAACAUACAGUCAAGAAAGGUGAACAUGACACGCUGAAAAAAUUACUGAGGAUUCCCCACCCAACUGCCUCCUGUCUCAGAUUGCUAGCUAGUCCAUGUGCUGGGCAUACAUGUACUCAGCUGGAGGAAGGCUGAAGUCCUCUUAACCAGUCAUUUGUUUUCCUGUUUUAAUAAAAACCUAAAGCUUAGCUGUGAAGGAGCCUUAUGUAGGAUUGUUUUUAAAUCUGUGGUAGAAAUGAAUAAAGAACGCACACAAACACAGAUCAUUCAAAUGAUUGACAAAGGAGCAGACAGAGAGAGGAUGUUCAAUCUUUUCUCUGAUGUGAUGGUGCUAUGAAGAUUCCUGUCUUUCAGUAAUGGCUCAACUUCUCCUUCAGCAUACCCCUCCCAUUAGCCACUUCUUAAAAUUGUUUACCUCAUGUAGACAGAGACUUAACUUUUAUCUUCUUUGGAAAAUGUCCUAAUGUAUAAUUAUAUGUCAUGUCUUUUCAUUACAAUAUGAGUAUUGGGUUUCAGAUAGUUAAAGAUUCAUUACUUAGAGUGUAUAUAAGGAACCAGAUUCUAGCCACUGAUGGUUUAAGUCAGAUGAAAUUUUUCCUAAUAUGCACAAGGAGGAAAGGAAAGGAAUGGAAGGUGAGGUUUCACAUCUCCACAACACAAAAGACUAGUCUUUAGUCUUGCUUAUUUUGACUGUAAUCUGGAGUGGUUUUUUUUGUUUGUUUUUAUGGAGUCAACAGAGCAAGGAGGUCUAUAUCCACUUAUAUAACUGCAGAUGGAGGCUUCAGCUAGUUAUUGGCCGAGCUCUCAGUCAGCCAAUUUUACAAAAAUUCAAACAAGCCAACUAACUAUACUAAAAAAAACAACAAAGAACAAGAAUGGACCAAUAGCUAAUAAGAAUGGCAGCAAAGGAUCCCAAAUUUUAAAAGGGUUGAAAUUAGCACAAAUCAAAUGUAGAGCUGUUAACACAGGGAUCUGGUCACAUGCAAGCUCCCUGCUAUUGCUGUGAUUCACUGGUAGUGGUGGGCACCUAUCCCUGUGAAAAGACAAUCAAAACACUAUGGGGUUUUCUUUGUCUCCUCAUAAACUUUUCACUUUGGGUCAGUUUCCAGGAAGAAUGUUUGAUUUUGGUGGUUUUCCAGUUUCAUAGAGAAAAAAAAAAAAUCUUUCCAUCAAAAACAACCCCCUCUGCAAGUCUGCAAUGGAAAGAAUUUGUACCAGCACUUUUCAGCACAAGUAAUGGAAAGAAUUUGGACCAGCACUUUUCUGCACAAUUCUAGGACUGACAUUAUACUUGGAGGACCAGCACACAGUGAUCACAAUCACCACUGAAAUUUGUGCAUGGAAAUUAUUCAUUUCUCCAUUACAAAGAGCCACUUUUGUUGUUUUCAUGAGUUCCUGGUUGUGUCUAUUUAUAUUUUCAAUCAAUUUCACAUUCUGAGAUGGGAACUUGAGAGGCUGAGGAAAUUGGAGUUGUUCAGCCUGGAGAAGAGAAGACUUUGGAGGUCCUAAUAUCAGCCUUACAAUACCUGCAAGGAGAGCGUUGAGAAGACGGAGCCAAGCUUUUCACAGCAGUGCAUAGCAGAAGGACAAGAAACGCACAUAACUCAAAACAAGAAGGGUCAGAGUCGAUAUAAGCAAAAAUUUUUGAACUAUGAGGACUGCCAAGCAGUGGAGCAGGUUGUACAAAGAUGUUUUGCACCAUCCGUCCUUGCAGGUUUUCAAGGCCCAACUGGACAAAGCGCUUGAAAAACCUGGUCAGGCCUCGUAGAAGACCUUGCUUGGAGUAGAAGGUUGAACUAGAGACUUCCUGAAGCCCCUUCCAACCAGAAUUCUCCUGUGAUCCUAUGAACUUUUAUAAAUACAUAUGUCACUAUUCUGGCUAUUACCUUCCUCUUUAAAAAAGUAGGUUCCCUUCCCUUCUUUGUUUCCAUUAAUCCUUUUACUGGAUUUUGUUUUCAUGUGUUUUUUUUUUUUUCUUUUCUGUAAUUCCAUUUUAUAUAUUAUGAAGCAAAAAGUACGUGAACAGCAGCACAAACUACUUCACCACAGACGUGUCCCUGUGCUGACCUAAGAACACAAUGUAUUUUGCAAUAGAAUGUGAAAUUUCACUGCUGCACUGGAAUAAAAGCAGAACCAAGAUUCACUAACUUCACGGAAAAAAAAAGAACUUGAUUUAUUUCUAGACCUUUCAUGUGCCAAAAAGGUUGGAAAGUUAAUUCCUUGUUGUGUGGUUUUUGUUUUGUUUUGUUUUUAAUUAAUAGG